CGGAAUUCGAGGAAACUGCGCCGAGAAGUACUCCAGUACAUCGACGACCAUCCUUUCACCACUUCAGUGUCCGCCGUAUGUUCGUCCUUUCUGACGGCGUACUAGAGAUGAUUGACUUCCGGAUCCCUUGACCUCGCGCAACAUGUGGCAGCAGCUGUCAAAAUGGCUGCUGACCGCCUUGUCAUUCCUUUUACUUGACGUCCUGGCAUACGCUCCUCUCUCCGAUGACACACUCGUGAAUCGUCUCCCACGGCCAGACACCGCCGACUUCGACAUACUACAAACCGGCAACCUGCUAGCACCGAUAUUGAUACCUAGGGUCCCAGGCACACCAGGCUCCAAGCAAGUCUUACAACACUUCGUCGACUUCUUCAACCAGUCUCUCCCCGAUUGGACAGUCUCCUUCCAGAACUCGACAUUUAAGACUCCUACGCAUGGAGAACAGGAGGUCCCUUUUAUCAAUCUGAUCGCGACUCGAGAUCCUCCCGGAUCGCAGCCAGGCAAUGUCGGCCACUUGACAUUGGUGGCACACUAUGACUCGAAAUAUCAACCCGAAGGAUUCAUUGGUGCAACAGAUUCCGCAGCACCAUGCGCCAUGCUCAUGCACGCAGUCAGGUCGAUCGACGCUGCCUUGACAAACAAAUGGAACUUCAUGUCUGCGCAAGGAGACCUGGAUCCCGAUUUCCAGGAACUAAAGGGAAUACAAGUGCUCUUUCUAGACGGCGAGGAGGCUUUCCACAGCUGGUCGUCCACCGAUAGCAUAUACGGUGCCAGGUCACUGGCCGAGGAAUGGGAACACACGAUGCACCCAGCGACAAGUAUCUACAAGAACUACUUGGACUCAAUCGACCUGUUUGUCCUGCUCGAUUUACUAGGCUCACCAGAAGACCUGUCCAUCCCAUCAUGGCAACACACCUCUCACUGGUCGUACGUCAAAAUGGCCGAAGCCGAAGAACGACUUCGCAAGCAAGGACUGUUCAAAAGCAAUCCGGAUCGAGUAUGGCUUCCGGACAAGAACAAAAAGGAGACGGACGUGUUCAACAGCUACAUUAUGCAGGAUGACCAUCUCCCAUUCAUGGCCAGAGGAGUCCAUGUUCUUCACCUUAUUCCCUCUCGGUUCCCCUCGGUCUGGCACACCAUGAGAGACGAUGGCGAACACCUAGAUAUAGCUGUUGUGGAAGACUGGGCUCUUCUCACCACUGCGUUUGCGGCCGAAUACAUGGAGCUGGAGGGCUAUUUCGAGCAGCAGCCAUCCAAGAGGGUCAAAAGAAACGAUGAUGCUAUAAGUAAGACCGAAUUAUGAUAUUGACUAUGACCGUCUUUUCAUCUCCUCGCCCUUGGGGGCAAUGCAUAAUAUUUACAAAUCAUCAUGCAAGCACGAAGCAUCUUCUGGCGACCACUUCGAGCACCUCAAACAGUCUAUAUUACCAGCACUAUCUCUGAGUAGUGCCAAUUAUUUUCUCCAGUUCUGCUCGUUCACCCGAUGUCUCAACCAUCUCUCUGAACACU